GUUACAUAAACUUUGGCUGAGUGAGUUAUUCCCAUAAUCUCAUUCAUUUGGUUUCAUACUUUCAUUUCAUGCUCCAACACCAUAAUGGAUCCCCACCCAAACCCAGGAACCUACCCAAUCCUCAAUUACGUCAUGUCCCGUCUCCCAUCCUUCACCUCCAAAUCCUCACCAUCUAAAUCCGAUGUCGAACAACCACCACCCUCCUCCUCAAUCAUCGGCCAAAUGCCCAAUCUCACAGACCCAAAACUCCUCGCCGCGAUGACCCACGCCAUCUCCGACGUCUCACAAGCCCGAUCAGUCCUCAACCUCAUAGGCGAUCGGCCCACCCACGAAGAAGUCGACAAUGCGAAGGCUAAACUCGUCGACCUCGAAGCACAUUUGUUACGUCAAUUGGAAGAGAUUGUUGCCCUUCCUCGGCCUCCUGAGAUUGAUGAACAAAAGUGGAUAAUUCAUGUUACGGAAAGAGAAACUAAAUGUAGAGAAAAUGUUGAGAAUGAGAAGCGUGGUUAUAAAGAGCUUUUGCAAAAAGAUGAGAUGCAUGAAGCUUAUGAGAAGCUACUUAAGGAUGCGGAGAUUAGGCUUGUGAAGAUUUAUGAGAAUGAUGGUGGAGAUGGUAAUGAUGAUAAUGACGUGGUUGAAGAUAAGGAAUGUGAAGAACGUGUUAUGAGGAUAUUGCAGGAGGUACGUGAGAAAGAUGGUCAGCGUGUUGAUCUUUCCGGGCAACGGUUGACGAUGUUGCCGGAGGCGGUUUGUCAAGUUUCUUCCUUGGUUGUGCUUAACCUCUCCACUAAUAAGCUUUCGGUGAUUCCUGACACAAUAUCAGGAUUGCUAAAUCUAGAGGAUCUUAAUAUCUCUUCAAAUAUUUUGAAGUCACUUCCAGAUUCAAUUGGCUUUUUACAAAAGUUGAAAAUUCUCUCUGUGUCUGGAAAUAAGUUGAGUGCUCUUCCUGAUUCCAUCGGUCAGUGCAGAUCGUUGGUGGAGCUGGAUGCCAGCUUUAACAGUCUGUCAUAUUUGCCAACAAACAUUGGAUUUGAAUUACAGAAUUUACAGAAGCUCUUGAUUGGUUUAAACAAGAUACGAUCCCUUCCCUCGUCUAUUUGCGAGAUGAAGUCACUGCGCUAUCUAGAUGCGCACUUUAAUGAACUACAUGGGCUUCCUAUUGCAAUCGGGAAAUUGACUAGUCUUGAAUUUCUAAACCUGAGUAGUAACUUCAGCGAUCUUCAAGAAAUACCAGAGACAUUUGGUGAUUUGAGUAGCCUCAAGGAAUUGGAUCUUAGCAACAAUCAAAUUCAUGCACUUCCUGAUACAUUUGGCCGCCUUGAUAGUUUAAUCAAGCUAAACUUAGAGCAGAACCCUAUUGAAUUGCCACCUAUGGAGAUUGUAAAUGAAGGUGUCCAAGCCAUCAAGUCUUACAUGGCCAAGAGGUGGAUUGAUAUAUUGGCAGAGGAAGAGAGGAAAAAGACACAUGAAUCGGAAGAACAAGGACAGAGUGGUUGGCUAACAAGAAGUCUCUCCAUGUUGAAGAACGUUCCUGGAAAUGUAACUGAGUAUAUUGAAAGUGUCGUCUCCCCAAAAACUCCCAAAACUCCCAAGACUCCUAGAAGUAAUUUUCUUGAUCAGGAACUAUAAAUCUAUGAAGUGAUACUCCAACAAAAAUUGGGGGACUUGACAUGGAAGCUGCCUAACGUAUUUUACUUAAGGAGAGUGGAUGGUAACAUAAUUUAAUUUUAACUAUAUCUUGCAUAAUAGCAAUUUUGUUUGCAUGUGAAUCGUGAUAGAAAAAUAAGAAAAAAUUUACUUUUAUUUUAAAGUAUUUUCCUCCAAUAGUCCAACCUUCGUGUUAUUUAUAGCUCCACAUUUUUCCACCAAAAUUAAAAAGCUUUAUAGUUUUCACUUUUUUUUUUUAUGGGUCAUUUAUAGUUCUAGUUCUUAUUCUUAAUAUGUAAUGUACGUACACACAGCUUUGAACAUCCUUAAUGGUGAUUGCUAUUGUAAAAAUAGUGUUUA